CAGAUAGCUUCUUUUCGACAGCUUGGAGUUACUGUUGGGAGCAGAUCCAUGUAUGGAAGCGAAAGCCGAAAGGCACAGAUAAGCAGAGAUCCAGCUAUGCAAACCAUGUUUAGAGACACUUAAAGGACAAGCAUCCCAGGUCCCUUCUUUCUGGUAAAUUUGGAGAAGCCAUCACACCGGGUCUUUUUUCACAUCCAGCCCAUGCGGACCCCGCAGCCAGGCUUGCCGAGUUGGUCAGUCUAAAACAGCAGUUCUCAAAGUGUGACCUGGGGACCCCUGAUCAUCUCAACGACUCUUUCAGGAGGUCUAUAAGUAGGUUGGGACAGCUGGAAGUCAGCCAUUGUACAACAUGCUGCGAGUAAGUCUCUCACCCACCUUUUCGCUGGGAUUUCAUCUGUUAGUCAUCGUGGCUGUCUUAUUUUCCCAUGUGGACCAUAUAAGUGCCGAGACAGAAAUGGAAGAAGAAGGCAAUAAAACUAACCAGUGUACUGGCUCAUAUUACUGUAAGAAAGGGGUGAUUUUACCCAUUUGGGAGCCCCAAGACCCUUCCUUUGGGGACAAAAUUGCUAGAGCGACUGUGUAUUUUGUGGCCAUGGUCUACAUGUUUCUCGGAGUCUCUAUCAUUGCCGACCGGUUCAUGUCCUCUAUAGAAGUCAUCACGUCUCAAGAAAAGGAAAUAACCAUCAAGAAGCCAAAUGGAGAGACCACCAAGACAACGGUGAGGAUCUGGAACGAGACGGUUUCCAACCUGACCUUGAUGGCCCUGGGGUCUUCUGCCCCAGAAAUUCUCCUUUCAGUCAUUGAAGUGUGCGGCCAUAACUUCACCGCGGGAGACCUGGGUCCCAGCACCAUCGUGGGAAGUGCUGCAUUCAACAUGUUCAUCAUCAUCGCACUCUGUGUUUACGUGGUCCCAGAUGGAGAGACGAGGAAGAUUAAGCACCUGCGUGUGUUCUUCGUGACGGCAGCCUGGAGCAUCUUUGCCUAUACCUGGCUUUACAUCAUUCUGUCCGUCAUCUCUCCCGGGGUGGUGGAGGUCUGGGAAGGUUUGCUUACUUUCUUCUUCUUCCCCAUCUGCGUGGUGUUUGCUUGGGUAGCAGAUAGGAGGCUUCUGUUCUACAAGUAUGUCUACAAGCGGUAUCGGGCCGGCAAGCAGAGGGGAAUGAUUAUUGAACACGAAGGAGACAGGCCAUCCUCCAAGACUGAAAUUGAAAUGGAUGGGAAAGUGGUCAAUUCCCAUGUAGACAACUUCUUAGAUGGGGCUCUGGUCCUGGAGGUUGAUGAGAGGGACCAGGACGACGAAGAGGCUAGGCGAGAAAUGGCGAGGAUUCUGAAGGAGCUCAAGCAGAAGCAUCCAGAUAAAGAAAUAGAGCAAUUAAUAGAAUUAGCUAACUACCAAGUCCUAAGUCAGCAGCAAAAAAGCCGAGCCUUUUACCGUAUUCAGGCUACUCGCCUGAUGACUGGGGCGGGCAACAUUUUGAAGAGGCACGCAGCGGACCAAGCAAGGAAGGCUGUCAGCAUGCACGAGGUCAACACGGAAGUGGCUGAAACGGACCCUGUCAGUAAGAUCUUCUUUGAGCAAGGGACAUACCAGUGUCUGGAGAACUGUGGCACCGUGGCCCUGACCAUCAUCCGCAGAGGUGGCGAUCUGACCAACACUGUGUUUGUUGACUUCCGAACCGAGGAUGGCACAGCCAACGCGGGGUCUGAUUACGAAUUCACUGAAGGGACUGUGGUCUUCAAGCCGGGCGAGACCCAGAAGGAGAUCAGAGUUGGCAUCAUUGAUGACGACAUCUUUGAGGAGGAUGAGAAUUUCCUCGUGCAUCUCAGCAAUGUCAAAGUGUCUUCGGAAGCUUCAGAAGAUGGCAUACUGGAAGCCAAUCACGUUUCUACACUCGCGUGCCUUGGCUCUCCCUCUACGGCCACCGUGACUAUCUUUGAUGAUGACCACGCGGGCAUCUUUACUUUUGAGGAGCCCGUGACUCAUGUGAGUGAGAGCGUUGGCAUCAUGGAGGUGAAAGUGUUGAGAACAUCUGGAGCUCGAGGAAAUGUUAUCGUUCCCUAUAAAACCAUCGAAGGGACCGCCAGAGGUGGAGGAGAAGACUUUGAGGACACCUGUGGAGAGCUCGAAUUCCAGAACGAUGAAAUUGUCAAAACAAUAUCAGUCAAGGUAAUUGAUGAUGAGGAGUAUGAGAAAAACAAGACCUUCUUCCUUGAGAUUGGAGAGCCCCGCCUGGUGGAGAUGAGUGAGAAGAAAGCCCUGUUAUUGAAUGAGCUUGGUGGCUUCACAAUAACAGGCCAACCUGUCUUCAGGAAAGUUCAUGCUAGAGAACAUCCGAUUCCCUCUACUGUAAUCACCAUUACAGAGGAAUGUGACGACAAGCAGCCGCUGACCAGCAAAGAGGAAGAGGAGAGGCGCAUUGCAGAAAUGGGGCGCCCCAUCCUGGGAGAACACACCAAGCUGGAAGUGAUCAUCGAGGAAUCCUAUGAAUUCAAGAGCACCGUGGACAAACUUAUUAAGAAGACAAACCUCGCCCUGGUGGUCGGGACGAACAGCUGGAGAGAGCAGUUCAUUGAAGCGAUCACUGUCAGUGCCGGGGAAGAUGAUGACGACGAUGAAUGUGGGGAGGAGAAGCUGCCCUCCUGCUUCGAUUAUGUGAUGCACUUUCUGACUGUGUUCUGGAAGGUCCUCUUUGCCUUCGUGCCCCCUACAGAAUACUGGAAUGGCUGGGCAUGUUUCAUUGUCUCCAUCAUCAUGAUUGGCGUACUGACAGCUUUCAUUGGCGACCUGGCUUCCCACUUCGGCUGCACCAUCGGCCUGAAAGAUUCGGUGACUGCGGUCGUGUUCGUGGCACUCGGAACUUCAGUACCAGACACCUUUGCAAGCAAAGUGGCAGCUACCCAGGACCAGUACGCAGACGCAUCCAUUGGUAACGUCACUGGCAGCAACGCGGUGAAUGUCUUCCUAGGAAUCGGUGUGGCCUGGUCCAUCGCAGCCAUCUACCACGCGGCCAACGGGGAACAGUUCAAAGUGUCCCCCGGCACGCUAGCUUUCUCUGUCACUCUCUUCACCAUUUUUGCUUUCAUCAAUGUGGGGGUGCUGCUGUAUCGGCGGAGGCCAGAAAUCGGAGGUGAGCUGGGUGGGCCCCGGACUGCCAAGCUCCUCACAUCAUCCCUCUUUGUGCUCCUGUGGCUCUUGUACAUUUUCUUCUCCUCCCUGGAGGCCUACUGCCACAUAAAAGGCUUCUGAAGGAACAAUCAGAUGUAGUAAAUUUAUAUAUAUAUACAUAUAUACAUAAACAAUACGUACAAUGAACAGAGGAAACUGACACUUGUCAUGUUCUCUUACCUGCUGAUGGAAUCCAGCUUCAAGAGCAUACUUACUAGGGCUGAAGUGAGAAACCAUCACCUCCCAUUCCCAGGGGCAUCGUCGCAUGGAACAAGGCGUGGAGGCAGGGCCACCUGGGCAGCUCGGCCUAGGAGGGCUGUGUCCUCUCCAGGUUCCUAAGUCCUUAAGUCUUUGAUUUGUUUUCUGUUUUGCCUUCUUUUCAGUGGAGGGUUGGGAGGUGGCUGAUGUCUGCCUUUUAUUUUGUUUUAGUUUUGUUUUGUUUUGUUGGGAAGAUCAGGGUUCUUGCUUCUCUUGUGGGAGGUGAUGACCAAUCUAAAUGCAAAUGGAUUUUGGUAAAAAUUUAAGUCAUGAGGAUUACUUUCCCUUCCCCCAAACACUUUAAAAGUUAUUUUGGAUUAAGAAGGGAUACGGGCACGGAAGAAGAAAGCAGCCCGUCUUCACGUUACUAAAUCCCAGCUUAGCUCUGGACCGUGAGCAGAGGUGAAGCUGCCUCUGAGAAGAAGCGUGGGAGCUGGGAUGGAGCCAGGAAAAAGUGAUGGUUCCCGAUGCCGUCUGAUAUUUAAAGAUAUGCUGCCUGGCACUCCUGAUCAACAGGUACAGGAAGAAUAAUGUGCCUAGAUUCCCAGAAACACCCAAAAUCCUUUACUGCUUCUCUCUUUAGCUCUGGAUUGUAAUUGGCAAGGCCCUUCUUCUGGUGUUUCAGCCCAGCUAUCUCCCCGGGUCCCCCAUCCCCUCCUCCUGCAAACAGGAAGAACAACUCCAUUCAAAACUCACAUCAUCCUUUUCCAUUUGCAUCAAUCUGUGUCCCAGCCCCAUGUUGCUGUUGCCUGGGAUGGAUCAUCUGUUGGUUUUCUUUUCAAAAGCAUCCAUGGCUUGCACAAUCCUGUUCCAGUCACGACUGAACAUUUGCUCCUCCUUCAUGUGCCUGUUUGGGAAUGUUGUUGUGAUACCUGUUACACAGUGCAUGGACGAAAAACAAAUAAAACAAAGCGUUAUCUGUAUAUAGUAGAGCAUAGCAUACACUGUUCUCCCAUUCAGCAACGUUAACCGGACAUUGAAGACAUAAGUGAGUUUUCUUUUCACCUGUAACUUUUGUGUUGUUAUUGAGUUUAUGACUAGGGAUACAAGGAGAAAAUGGCUUAUUGUUCAUGGAGCUGCACAUUCAUUUUGAAGAAGCAAUAACUGUCACGUGGGACGUUAAAGCAAUGGAGAGGACAGCAGGCAAACCACAAAGUAUCUUCAUGGAAUAGUAGCCAUGUGGAGCACACCAGAGGCCUCUAAAAAACCGCCUGUUGAUUCAGGAAGGCCAAGGAGAAAGGUGUGGAGAAGUGGAUGCAGGAGGCGUGCCUGGGCUUUGAGAGCCUCCGUUUUUCCAGCGCCCUGUCCCUGAAGUAUUUAUUUCACAUCUGCUCUGUCUGGCACAGAUGGUAGAUAGUGCUGGUUUGUUCGUUUUAUUUUUUUAUAAAGGCUACUUUGAGCCCUGUUUCUUUCACCAUCCAGACCCCUCUGAUUGUACCUGCAUUUUGUGAGUAGGAAAGAGGUCAGGCUGACCAAUGAAUGGGUCUUUACAAGUGAGUCUUCUCUACUUACGACUGAGGGGCAAGCAGUUAAAGGAGAAGACGAGUGCCUCCCAGCAGGGCUGCACUGGGAGGUUUUUAAUCCCUGGAAAGGGAAUGGCUCUUUCUAUUUUAAAAUACCAAAGAGCGUGGUGGAUAAACCCACAUUCCAAAGUAGUGAGUCCACUAAUGAGGAAAAAUGGAAUGAUGUUGGCCCCCUCUUAGAGAGUUCUCUGUCUAUAAAGAUUCUCAGAAUGGAGACACCCCUAGCCCUCUGUAUUAAUUCAAAGAUACUUAAGAAAUAAAAAGUGUUGAGAGCUA